GUGAAAUUACCGUUAAAAAUGAACUCUAACGAGUUUCGUGAAUUCGGCAAGACAGCAAUAGAUUUUAUCGCCAAUUAUUUGGACACAAUUCGAGAUCGUCCUGUAUUGCCAUCCGUUGAACCGGGAUACUUACAUGGCCUUUUGCCAUCUGAAAUGCCCGAAAAUUCGGAAAGUUGGAGAAAAAUCAUGAAAGAUUUCGAGAAUUUUAUCAUGCCGGGUAUCACUCAUUGGCAAUCUCCGAAUUUUCAUGGCUUUUUUCCGACACCGACAUGUUUUCCGUCAGUCGUUGGGGAAAUGAUCUCAGCUGGAUUGGGAGUUGUGGGGUUUAGUUGGAUUUGCAGUCCAGCAUGCACCGAAUUAGAAGUCAUCAUGAUGAAUUGGCUCGGAAAAUUCAUUAAUUUGCCGGAAUCUUUCUUAAAUUGUGGUCCCGGCAACGGCGGAGGUGUCAUUCAAGGAUCUGCAAGUGAAUCUAUUUUGGUUGCAAUUUUGACAGCUCGUGAACAAACCGUUCGUCGCAUCAAAUCGCAAUUUCCUGAUAUGGAAGAAGGUGUCAUUCGUUCAAAACUCGUUGGAUAUUCGAGUGAUCAAAGUAACAGUUGCGUCGAAAAGGGAGGAAUUUUGGGAGCAAUUCCUUUGCGUCUCUUGCCAACAGACGAAAAUUGGGUUUUGCGUGGAGAAACGUUGCAAAAGGCGAUUGACGAGGAUAUCGCACGUGGCUUAAUUCCAUGUGUUUGUAUCUCUACGAUGGGAACUACAAGUACAUGUGCCUUCGAUGAUAUCCCCGCACUUGGAGAAAUUUGCAAUAAAAAUAAUAUUUGGUUCCAUAUUGAUGCAGCAUAUGCUGGUUCGUUCUUCUGCUUGCCCGAAUAUCAACACGCAAUGAAGGGAAUUGAGCUCGCUGACUCUUUCAACUACAAUUUGCACAAAUUGAUGCACGUUAAUUUCGAUUGUUGCGCCAUGUGGUUCCAAAAUUGCGAUUCUGUCGUGCAAUCUUUCACUGUCGAUCGCAUUUAUUUGCAACAUCAGUUCCAAGGACAAAGUUUGGCGCCCGAUUAUCGUCAUUGGCAAAUUUCGCUUGGUCGAAGAUUUCGUGCUUUGAAGGUUUGGUUCACCCUUCGUUCGUAUGGAAAGGCAAAAAUAUGUGAAAUUCUUCGAAGACGAAUCCAACUUGCUGAAUCAUUGGAACAAAAGUUACGAACAGACCCCAGAUUUGAAGUGACUUAUCCCGCUUAUAUGGGUCUCGUGAUCUUUCGUUUGGCAGAAGGAUGUGAAAAGACGAAAAUUCUGCUUGAAAAGUUGCAUGAACGUAAAAAUUUGUAUUUGACUCCAACGAAUUGCCAUGGAAAGUUCGUUAUUCGAUUCGUAAUUGCUGGAAUUGAUCCGCAAGAAGGCGAUAUUGAGUUUGCUUGGAAGGAAUUUCAAACGGUAGUUAAUAGCAUUGUAACACGAGACGAUCAAAUUUCAAUGAUGGAAACGAAUAUCAUUGAAAAGAAAAAAGGAGAUGAGGAAACUGCAUGGAUGGAAAUCAGCCAUGAUCAAAAUGUGGAAAAAAUUAAGUGAAUUUCACGAAUUCCAGCCUUAAAACUUGUUUUUUAGUUUAAAUUUAUUAAUUUAUGCUUAUACUGGACAUACAAAAUUAUUUCAAAAAUAAAUAAUCAUAAAAAAUCCGUAGUCCUUUAGAUAAAAUAGUUUUAAAAA